UUAACAUUUGUUAUUAGCUGUACUUGAAUCAAUUUAUACAUUUUACUGCAAUUUGAAUUCGCUAUUUUGUGUAUUUUUCCAAAAUCUUUUAAAAUGAAUCAAUGUAAUACUUGUAGUAAAAUAUUUUCAACUGUAAGUAACCUUAAUCAACAUAAAAAAAUUCAUAGUGAUGUGCGGUUUAGUUGUAAUGCUUGUGCAAAAAAAUUUACAAGAAAGAGCGUUUUAAUAAGACACCAGAAACUGUUACAUGAUGAAACCCGACCAGUACAAUUAAAUGUAACUAAAAGAAACGACGUAAACCUUAAUAUUAAUAAACCGUUGCAAAGUAUUACUAUACCUAAUUGUAAACCAUCGACUUCGACUAACGUAAAUAAAGGUGAAAAAAGAAAACACCCCUUUGACGAUUGUUGGGGUGAUAAUGAAGCAGAUAGCCUUUGUUUACAAGCAGCAUCUAGGGAAAAGCAUACAAAGAAAUAUAGAAUAAACAAUAUAAAUACUAGUAGUUUUAGUUUAAUACAACAGGCGUUUGGAGGGUUACAUAAGACAUUUUACAAAAAGAAUUUAAAACGUAUUGUUAAUUAUGGAGUGUUUUUGGAGGAAGCACGGCCUGAAUUAAUUGCUUUGCUUAAACGUCUCUUAACCGACAGUCCUAUUAAGUACAGUUUAAAACUAGAGUCUACUUAUGUUAUUCCGAAUAAAGCUGAAUCUGUGGAAAAUAGGUCUUUUAAAACUACAUCACGAAGUUUGUUCAUAUCAAGUCCUAUUGAAGAGUUUCUGAAUGAAGAUUUCACUAAACUGUUACUAGAGCAAGAAAAAUAUUUAGGUAAAGGUGGUGGUUAUACGUUAGAACGGAUUGAUGGUAUUUUAUUGUACACUGACAAAUACAUGCCUUUUGGAGGAGGUAGUUAUUUACCGCUUCCUAAAGAAAUUGAAAGUAAGCAUGCAACUAUCAAUGUAAAAAAUGAAGAUAACAAUUGUUUUAUUUACAGUAUAACGUCUAAAUCUAUAAACCCAGUAAACGCAUUUCGUAUAACUGUUCAGCAGAAACAUUUUGAAGAGCAUGGACAUAGAUAUAAUUUUUCAGGACUUACCAUGCCCAUGUCACUCGAAGAAAUUGUAAAAUUUGAAAAACAAAACCCUGACGUAUCUGUGAACAUAUAUGGACUGAAAAAAGGUUUUGCAACGUAUAAAAAUAAAACAAAAAAAAUUAGACCUCAAGUAAAAAAAAAUAUUGUUAUACCUUUAAGAGUGUGUAAAGAAGAAAAACUCGAUCAUUUCGAUCUUUUAAUGAUAUCAAAUGAGGAAGGUCUUAGACAUUACUGUUAUAUAACAGAUCUAGCCAAGCUGGUGCGAUCAUCAAUGACUUUGUUUCAUUCAAAAACCGUAAUAUGUAGAAGAUGUUUUAAAACUUAUACUUCCAAACCAAACAAACCUAGCAAAGAAGAGCUCCUACGUCAGCAUAAAGAUCGUUGUAGAGUUAACGAGCCUAUAACUCCUGUUAUGCCUGAACCAGAUACAGUCACCAAAUUUGAAAAUUGGGGUAACACUGAACGUCAUCCUGUUGUCAUAUACGCUGAUUUUGAAGCUGUUUUGUUCAAACACAAGUCCGAAGAAUCACUGGAGAAGAAUACACAGAUAACGCAUGAUCAUGAGCCUAUGAGUUAUUGUUAUUAUGUUAAGGUUAGAGACGAUAUACCAACAUCAUUACUCGAACAGUUUUCAAUUCCAACGUAUCCAGUGUUGUUCAGAGGGGACGGUAAUGGAGAAAAGGGUGCGGUAGCUAAACAUUUCGUUCAAGAAAUUGUGGAAGUGGCUCGAAAUAUAUCUCAAAUGUUACAAGUCAACUUGCCCAUGACUUUUAAGCAAGCUGACGCGAAGAAACAUAAUGAUAUAGUAAAACGCGGUGUGUGUCCUUUAUGCAAUGUUAAGUUCUCUAUAAAUACUUACCCAGUUCGCGAUCAUGAUUAUUUAACAUCCAAGUACAGAAACACAAUUUGUAAUGAAUGUAACUUAAAGUUAAAGUCUCCUAAAUUUGUCCCCUGCUUUUUUCACAACUUAUCCAACUAUGACGGUCAUUUCAUUGUAACACAGCUUGGAUACGACGAUAAACCCAUAACUGUUAUACCUAACAGUGAAGAAAAAUUUAUUUCUUUUUCAAAAUAUGUGGCGAAAGACUUCAAAAUAAGAUUUGUUGACAGCAACAGGUUCAUGGCGUCAAGUUUAUCAAAACUAGUCGAAAAUUUAGCCAAAGGGGAUGUAGGAUACUUUAAAGAUACUACAAAACAUUUUCCAAAUUCAGAUAUCAGUCUUAUUACCCGUAAAGGUGUAUACCCUUACGAGUAUACAGACUCAUUCAAGAAACUUAACGAAACAUCGCUACCAUCUAUAAAUGAGUUUUAUAGUUCUCUAAAUGAGAGUAAUAUAACUGAAGAGGACUAUCAACAUGCUCAGAAUGUUUGGAAACAUUUUAAGUGUACAACGUUAGGACAAUAUAGCGACUGGUAUUUGAAGUUGGACGUGUUGUUGUUAUGUGACGUGUUUGAGUCUUUUAGAGACCUUUGCCUAAAAACUUAUGGACUUGACCCUAAUUACUAUUACACCGCACCCGGCAUGUCUUUUGAUUGUAUGUUGAAACAUACAAAUAUUGAACUCGAGCUAUUACACGAUUAUGACAUGCUCAUGAUGUUGGAGCAGGGAAUUAGAGGAGGUUUGACAACGGCAGUACGCCGAUAUUCGGAAGCUAAUCAUAAAGGACUUUCUAGCUAUGAUAUUAGUAAGCCGGAUAACUGGAUCAUAUAUCUUGAUGCUACAAAUUUAUACGGAUGGGCCAUGUCACAGUAUCUGCCUAAAGAUGGCUUUAAAUGGAGUGAGAUGAAUUUAAAUGUUUCAGAAGUUUUAAAGCUCUUAGAAAAAACAUCAAAUAAUUCGAAAAAAGGAAUGAUAUUAGAAGUCGACGUUUCAUACCCUGAACACUUACAUGAUAAUCAUAACGAUUUACCGUAUCUGCCUUCUAAAGAAGUCCCCGAAGGUUCUAAGUUUCCAAAGCUUUUGGCUACCUUAAAACAUAAAAAAAAUUAAAUAGUACACUACAAUUCGUUGAAACAGGCAUUACAGGCAGGACUGGUGUUGGAAAAAGUGCAUAGAAUGAUAGAGUUUAAUCAAUCUCCAUGGCUGGCAAGCUAUAUAUCAUUAAAUACACGGAUGCGUUCGGUAGCUAAAAAUACGUUUGAAAAAGACUUUUAUAAGCUUAUGAACAACUCAGUAUUUGGCAAAACGAUGGAGAAUGUACGUCUAAGAAUGAAAAUGGAGCUUACUAGUAGUGAGUCAAGAUAUAGAAAGCUUGUAAAUUUACCCUCACAUAAAGGUACAACUGUAUAUGGUGAUAACUUGUGUGCUAUUCAUUUGCAUAAAGAAGAUUUAAUUUUUGAUAAGCCCAUGUACAUAGGAUUUGCCGUGUUGGACAUAUCAAAAACUCUUAUGUAUGAUUUUCACUAUGGUACUAUGAAAGCGUUAUAUGCAGAAAACAUUGAGCUUUUAUACAUGGACACAGGUUCUCUUCGUCUUUUAUUGUAAAAAUUUUUGUUUUUUUUUUGUUAUUAAUUCAUGUGUUUUAGAUUCAUUGAUAUAUUUAGUCAAAACCAAGAAUUUUUAUGAUGAUAUGCAAAAAAAUCAAAGUUUUAUAGAAAAACUAGAUACUUCAAACUAUCCAGUUAACCAUCCAUGUUAUCGUACUGAACGGUGUAAGAUUCCUGGUACUUUCACUGACGAGACUGGAGGGGAGUUUAUUUCAGCACACGUAGCUCUAAGAUCCAAGGCUUACGGUUUUAUUCAAAAUGCUAAAGAGUGCAUCAAGGCAAAAGGAUUGGCGUAUCAUGCCGUCAAAAAUCACAUUAGA